GGGAAACAGGAUGUAGCUAUACAGAAAAUACUUCCGGCUUGUUCGAGAGAAGCAGAUUUCACUUUUCGUUCGUCAGAUGGCAAAUAGACGGCGAAAUAUAUACGGAUUGCAGUUGGGAGUCUCGUAGCAUUCCUCCAUGCAUAACAAGAAUUCAUGAACGAGCGAGCGAGCGAAUCAUACGUUCUCAUUUUCAUAGGAAAUGUUCCAUUUCUUAUGCACCAUAUACAACGUGUGAACAUUUAUUUACCAUAAAACGGAUUUAAUUUUUAACAAAUGUGAGUGUGGCUUUCCUAUUUUCCAAAAAGAUAAAAGCAAUAUGCGAAAGAAAAGAAACGCGACAGAGGAUCGAAAAUAGCAUAUAAUUUCCGUCGAAAAGUCUAGAGAGAUUAUUAAGGAAGCUUUGCUGACAGUUGCGCCGUAUAAUUGAUGAUUUUUAUUAAAUAUGUCCGAUUUUCGAGGUGAAUAAUGUCCUGUGACGUAAUCAUAUGUAUAUAUGUACGUGGACUCGAUAUCGCGCAAACAAAUCUCGAAAAAGUGCCAGUCGAAUCUCAAGAAAGAAAGGGAUAAUCUGAGAAAAAGUUUUUGUAUUAAAAAAAGUGCUGGAAAAAAAAGGGAAGUGUCAGUUUUCUCGUAGGUAUGAAACGAGUCCGAGGAAAAAAACGUACGGUCUCACGACGUUUUAUCGUGUUACAUAAAUAGAACGAGGCUACGUCAUAGCGCUGAGAGCGACCGUUAUUGGUCACGGGAGGGAGAAGGAAGCGGCUUCCGUUGCUCCGAUUGGUCGGUCGCGUGGGUGGGGCAUGCGCACGGCGGUUGCGCAGCGGAUAUUCGGGGCUAGUCCGACGAGUGAGAAGAACCGUUCGUCUGUAAGAAGGACUCGUAUCUACACCUGCAUUUUUUGAUAAUUCUAACGAGCGGCUAUCCCAAUUUUUGCGCCUCGCACAUCAGCUUUUCUAGCAAAAGAGCACGAGAUAAUUGUAAUUACGCAAUCAUAAUCCACGUAGAGUCGCAAUCUAGGCACAGAAAUUCUUUCGUGUAAUCGCUCAAAUCCGAGUCAUCUCCGAUUACAUUAUACGGCUCAAUGAAAAUUGCGUGGUAUCAUAUGUUAUAAGCGAGGGAUCAGGGGUUUAACCAUGUAGAAUCGAUAAAUCGUACGCAUUAGACGAUCAAGAUUCCGAAAAAGAGAAAAUAAAAGCCGUUUUAUUUCGAAUCGCCAUCGUUCGUCUUUCGGUAAAUUCGUAUACGCACGAUGAAUAUGUACCUGAUCCCGUGAUGCUCUGAAACAUCUUAAAUCUCAGCAAAAUGCGAUGGCGCCAUCUAGUAGAUUGGUGAUUGCGAGAGAUCAAUAACCUUUGCUCCUUUUGUGUGUGCGUGACCUCGUAUUCUAUUUUCGUUCUUACGGAUCCGUAAAUAAUUACAACAGUAUGAGAUUAUUCAGUUCACCGUCAUUGUCUGCAUAAUGUUCUAUAAAUUUUCGUCAUCGAAUAUAAUUGCCACGUAUAGACCCUCUAUCUUUACUAAAAUGCCUUAGCGUGUUAUUGGGUCCAACAGGAGGCAUUAAGAGUAAGGAGGAAGUUCAUCGCUUAGCUAAUUUAAUGACAAAGUUUUCUAAGAAACUCGUCUCGAAAUGCAUUUAUAUACAGAUAUUGAAAACUACUAAUACGGAUUUGCUUAGUCAAUUUAUGAGUUCUGGAGGAUGGAAUCUUAUUCACACAUGGCUUACUGAUGGCAUUCUUGCUAAGAAUUGGGCUCUUAUUCAAGAACUUCUGGAACUUUUGCUACUCUGUCCUGUAGAUAUUGAACGGCUAAAGAGUAACAAUUGUCCAAAACUGAUUAAAGGUUUGUCGAAGGAGGGCAGUCAUCAAGGUGUACGAACAUUGGCCACUCGGCUUGUAGAACAGUGGCUAAAAAUUGUGAAAGGAGAAGCGGCACCAAAUUCAGUGCCAGCUCAAAUCAUGACGGUUUCAGUGCAAUCGAAUGCUACUGCAGGACAAAUCACAGUUAUUCCUUCAUCGCAACCACAACAUUACUUGUUAAAUUCUCAACAAACUCUUGAUAUUGCUGAAAAUGCAACUGUUCAUGUACAAGACUUCAAACUUGCGCAAUCGUCUACUGCUAGUACUCCAGUAAAUCAGAUCCAGCAAGAUCAAGAGAAGCAGCAACAAGAAAGGUUACAGUCACAAACAGUGCAAGUUAUUGGCAAGGGUCAGCAAGUAACACAACAACAAGGUAAAAAGCAAUCUUUUGUUGUUGUAUCAACGUCUUCGCAAUCAUCAGUUCCUGUUUAUAAGAUUACCAUUCGCGAUGGUAAUCAAGUUCUCGCCAAGGUGGAGACGGACGUCACGAAUAUAAAUAGUGUUUUAAGCAAAUCUGGUACAAGUACAGAAGUAGUUAUAAACACUGUGGACGCUACGCUUCCUGCUUUACAGGAAGCGAAGCAAAAAACGGAGGAGGUAGAGGAAACAGGACAAAGUGGUAGUGCGACUAGUGGUCAAGAUGAAACGGUAGACAUUGGACAAUCAGACAAUUCAGGACAUGUUCCUAGUGAUGUGAAACAGACCGCAGUUAGUUCUAAAGACAAUCAAGAUAUUGAAGGUGCUAAAAGUAAAGAUGAUAAAGACUCUAAGGAUAUUAUUGUUAGUAGUGAUAGCGGUAAGUCUAGUGAUAAAGAAAAUAGAGACUCUCAUAAAAAAGACGAUAAGAAAUCCAGUUCUGACAAGAAAAGCAGCACUCAUCAUCACGGUUCGUCUUCGUCUAAAAGUUCUUCUAAGCAUAGCGCGAGUUCCAGUACACAUCGCAGCAACUCAACAUCCCAUAGAUCGAGUAGUCACCGCUCUGGUUCCAGUAGUAAUAGUUCCAAAACUUCCAACUCUAGUAAAGAUAAGUCUUCCAAGGAAAAAGAAAAGCAUCACUCCGGUUCAUCCAGUAAGCACAGUUCAAGUAAAAGUAAAUCUGAGCGAGACAAGGAACGGGAGAAGGAGAAACAGAAAAAGGAUCAGGCAGAGAAGGAUAAGGCGACUUUAGAAAAAGUGCAAGGUCAAGCAUUGAGUUCUAAGUUGGGCAAAAUACCGAAGAAACGAUCGGAAGAUGAUACAAAUGGAAGAAAGUCCUCAACCGAAUCACGAGAUGGUACGAAGGAAAAUAAAGAGAAGGUAGACAGUAGUAAAAAAGACACUGUUACAAAGCUUUCUACCGAGAAGAAGAAUAUAUCCAUCUCCAUUGAAAAUAGAAAGAAUAGCCAGGACUCUACGACACGGCCGAAAACGGUGAAGACAUUUAAUUCAAAGUUUAGAUCCACGGGACUAGAGGAAGAAGUAAAACCACCACCGCCGAGAUCGAAAAAGCCAAAUCCUGCCGUUGAUAAGAAGGUUCUACCUCCGAAGUUUCCCUUGAAAAGGCCAUCGCCAUUGAGAGAAACCAUUCCACUGGUGGAAAAACGGGUGAAACUAUCACUGGACUCACCAACGACGCCACCAAGCGAUGAGAAGAAGGGAGGGAUUAAACUGAUACCACCAAAACCAAAACCGAUGAUGCUACAAGAGAGCGACAUGUUCAUGGAUGCUCUCACCGCGUCCACCAAGAGCAAAGAACCAAGGAAGCGUAAGCGUAGGACUUCUAUCACGAAAGACGGAUCUUCGGAAGCUAAGAAACAAGAAACCGCUAAUGCCGAUAAUCGCGAUAGCACACCACCACCUGCUUCGCCUACAAAUGCCGAAGAAAAAUCGCCGGUUGCCCUCAAACCUAACUUCAAGUUCUAUCAAGAUACAUUAGAAAUAGAAGAAGAUAAAGAUCAAAGAGAAAAAGAAAAUAGCGAAGAAGACGCGAAGAAAGAUCAAGCGCUUGAUGAAGAGAAAGAUAGUAGAGACGAAGAUGAUAUCAGAAGUAACACACCGACACCCGAGGAAGAUGUGGAAGAUACUAAAGAUUCGGAAUCACCAGAAGAUACUUCUUCAGUAGUUUCGAACUCAUUGAAGAAGGAUGACGUUAGUCCUUAUCCCGAAAUACGAUAUGUAGAUGGACUUAAAAGUGUUUUGCUACUUCAGAAACGUAAAGGACCGAAAAAAGUUUUAAAAUGGAAGACAGAUUUAGAAUCCAUACGUUACUUUGAAUUGGAUGAAACAGAAAGGGUUAAUGUGACUAAAACAUUCACUGACAUGAAACAGAUGGAAAAGCAAAACGAAAGGGAAGCAUUCCAAAUGGCCAGAAAAUUAAAUAAUGAGGAUUUAAUGGAAGAGAGAACAAGAUGGAAGCCUUUAAUUCCUAUUGAUCAACCACCUCCAUUAGUAGAACCUGGCAAGGAUAGUAAAGAAAAGGAUAUUCAAUAUGCUCGCGAGAAGGGCAUUCUUCAAGCGCUUUACUUUAAUCGAAGCAUGAUCCCAGACUCAGCAGCUGAACCUGAUGAAGAACGGCAUCAUGUGAUAACCGAUCCUAAAAUAAUACCAUUGGACGAUCUGACAGGCAAUAAGGAGAGUGAAAAAGAUUUUACAUCAGUACCAUGGCCAGAACCUAAACCACAAUUAACACCGCAACCACCGACUGUAACAACGUUCCAUUAUCCUACGACAUUCUCACACAAUCAACAAACUAUGAUGACCCCUAUGGGACCUCAAUCGACGAUGGGUCAGAUGCCACAAAUGCCUCAGCAAAUGAUGCCCCCAUCGCAUAUAGCUCCGAUGACCCAGGAAAUACCUGGACCAACGUUGCCGAGCAGUGGCGGUGGUGGUUGGAGAACGGGUGACGGCAAGGUUCUCGUACCAGAUGUUGGGAUGAAUCCGAUGGCGAAUAUGCCGGGUAGUUUCAAUCAGGGAAUGGAAGGUGGUCCGAUGGUUCCGCCGGGAAUGAUGGGACCGCCGCCUAUGUACAAUCAACAGCAAGAGGGCUAUAGCAUGAUGUGUCCAGAAGAUAUGGGAUUCAACAAUAUGAAUCCCAACUUUCAGGGACCGCCCGGACCGAUGUACGGUCCAGGACCUAAUUUUCCCGGUCCAAGAGGCGCUCCUAUGCACAGCAGAGGUAGAGGAGGUCCCGGUUGGGGAUAUCGUGGAGCUGGACCCCCGAGAGGCGGUUGGCGAGGUGGUGGUGGUGGUUGGCGAGGAAGCGGUAAGCAGCCACCGGUGUGUAGACAGUUUUCGAAAAACGGUUAUUGUCGAAUCGGAGACAAAUGUCAGUAUCUUCAUCCCGGUGUAAACUGUCCGCCAUUUUAAGAGUGAGAUUGAGAGCGGUAUUUGUUAAAUAAUGAAAUUGAUCAUUGGUAUGCAAUGAAUGUCUUCGAUUAGGAUAGAUAUCCGCAAGAGAAGAAAAAAUAGAGAGAAAGAAUGGGAUCAACCGUCAGCGUUACAAUGAUAGACUGCAUUAUUUUAAUGAUCUUCCCUCGGGAUAUUUGACGACGAUUCGCUUGGAAAGCAAAUUCAAAAGUGUACGCGCAAUCAACGCGCAAAUGUGUAAAAAAGUGAUAAUUCUCAAUGUGCAAUUUUAUUUCCUUUUUUUUUGUAAGAAUCCAUUGCAUGAAUAUAUUAAUAGAUUUUUUCUAUUUAAUAAUACUCCAUGCGCUUGAAAGUUUUGUAAAUAUAAUGGCAUUUCUCCUUAACAUAAGUAUUUUAGAAAUUUGCGACAUUAUUCGAGUGCUGUCAAUAUCCACGGUAUCAUGAUAUUUCGGAUACUAUCCGGCUAUCUAAGUCUUUCGAGAAUCUUACUCGAAUAUUACGUAAUUUUAUUUUAAUAUCUGAAGAUAACCAGAUAUCAAGGAACAUGGAAUAUUUUUCAAUUAAUCAAAUAGAAUUUUUAACGUAUAAAUAUACAUUACACACAUAUUAUAUAUUAGAAACCCGUAGAUACUCGCGUAGAAUUAGGUAAUGGAUGAGUAUCCAAUAUGUUUUAUAUUGACAGCACUAUGCGAUCGUCGAAUAUGAAUGCGCUGUAAAAUUGGAUAUGACCAUGCUAGGUUCGGCUGCUGGACAGCAGAACAUUUCUAGAUAACACCUCGAAAAUAUAGAGAUUUUUUGCUAGGAUAAUUUUAUUUUUGGUUUUCAAAUUACUUUAAUAAUGACCAUCACACUUGUAUUAUUGUAGACAAGAUUUUCUUUUUGUUUGAUUUUCCAUAUGUGGCCACUGCCGAGAUUACGGUUCUUUAUAUUUUCCGCAGGAGUCGUGUGAGAGAAUGUGACUAUUAGAGAUAAUCACAGAAAAAUGAAUUAUAUUUAUGUGACUGCUUAGCAUCACAUGUGUUCUUGAAAUUGAAUUGUCUGAUAUCAUCACUGUUUCGUGCUUCAAACUAUAGAAUUUUGAAAUAUAGAAAGGACAUUGAUAAUAAAUAAUAUUCGAUAUAAUAUUAAUAUAAUGAAACACCAAAAGUUUCAAUAGGAUAAACUACUUUUUAUCAUAAUAAUUUCCAUGUGUGGGUUAUACUUGUAAAUAUGUUGCAUAAUAUGUAUAAAAUACAAUAAUUCUAAUAAUGACUAACUGUUAGAUUUAGAUGAUACAUAAUGAUAGAUGACAACGGUAUUUAAUAGGAAUCAUAUGUCCUUUAAAAAUAGGAAAGAAGUAUAUAUAAUCGAUCUGAUAUUAUUCGAACCAAUUUUUCCAAGAAAUGUAUAGAAUCAGAUAAUAUGAUUCUUUAUAAUUCAACCUGUCAUUGUAAUAUUAUAUUGCAAGUUUUUUACUAUGUAAGAUAAUAUUAAUUAUAUCUUUUUGUAUAUGAUUGAUUGUUAUGUUUGUAUAUAACGUGUUGUAUAAAAAUGUCGCUUAAUGAAAAUA